AUGAGACCCUCGCCCCUGCCUCAUGUGGUAGCCUUGACCUGCGUCAGUGCUCAGACUCUCCACUGCUGGAUUUUUCCCGCCCGCACCUGCCGCGCGGAGCCAGAGUGGCUUCCCGGCAGCCCGCAGGUGGUGGAUGCCGCCGCGCUCCAGGGGCAGCCAAGUGCGGAGGAUGCCUGCGCGCGAGAAGCUCGUGAGCGCUGGAUCGGCUGCCAGAAUGGCGCAGAAGAGGCCAUGGACUUCGCACUGGCCCCGGCCGUGCAGCAGGUGGAGGACAUCGCGGAUGCUGUCCCCAACUUCCGAGCUUUGGCCUUCACAGGCAGCUAUCCGGACUUCGGAACGCAGGGCCUGUUUAAUCAGCUGCAUCGCAGCCCCCACCUCACCAGGUUCUUCAACUACCAGGUGUCCUUCUUCUGGGCCGACAAGGAGAUGACGCAGUUUUCGGACAUCGACCUCUCUCGGCCGUCAUGCAAUGGCCUGUGGGCCAACGUGAAACAGAAGGCUCGGGACAUCCUGGACCGCCCCGACGAUGCCAUCUGCGAUGGAUGUCGGGAGGACUUACCUGCCAUGUGGCGGCAUGCGAACGGAGACGUCGACGUGGCGGACUUCCCCUUUAGCGGGGCCAAGGCCGACUGCUUCCUGGGCACCACUACGCUCACGGCCGCAGAGCUCUUGUGUGUCCACCGCUGCACCUCCGCCGACAUCAGCAAGGUUGACCAGGACCCAGACGCUCAAGUGCACGAAAUGCUGUGGAAGAAGGUGCAGCUGGAGCUCGAAGGCCUGCUCUUCUUCUUCAACUUCCCUUUGGCCCACCUAGAGGCUUCUGGCUGGCCUCUGGUGGCCUUCCUGCGCAAGCUGGGGAGCGCGUUUUGGCAGACCUUCGGCGGCGCGGUGCCCAACGAGUGCGACCUCCUGGAUGGCGAGAGGGCCGAUGUGCUGCACGCACGCAUGGCGCCUCUGCUGGAGGAUCGCACCCUUGAUCUGCGUGAGAUCAAGGACGCGGCCGAGGCGGCACAGCGCUUCCUGGAUCUCAAAGAUGCCUGCCCCUUUGCCACCGGAGCUGCCAUGCUGGUACUCCUGCGCUCCGUGCAGCUGUCGAGCCAGAUGGCCAUGGAGGAGACGGACUUCUCCUGGCUGGUCCUGGAUGCCAUCAAAGUCUGGGACGUCCUCAGCGGCUCCAGGGUGGGAGCGAAGCGGCGCUACUUCUACGACGCCCUGACGACGCGUUGGCCGUGGCUUCAGCUCAUUCAGCAGGUCCAUGCUGGUCGAGGAGAGCGCGAUCGGGCCCUUUGGCCUGUGGACGCGGAAGCUUUCCGCCCAGAGCAGGUCAGCGACCGCUGUGAGGAGCGGGUUCUUUCGUCCAUCGAUUCAUGGCGAUGGCAGUGGACGGACUCUCCUUUUCAGGCACACGGCAAACGCUUGGAGGAGCCCGAAUCGCCCGAGGCCCUGGCGCGGACGUUGUGCCGACUGGCGGGGGCAGAAGUGCUGCUCCUUGGUGCAGGUUUAUCAGCGGCACCUCAUCUGGCUACAAGUGGGGCUCCUUCACUGUCCGAGGCCGACAGGCGGCGCGGGGUUUGCGCCAGCUGUUUCCCGCUGGCCCUGCCAUUCACGCUCGGGCGUGGAAUCAGAACUGCAAGAGCUGGUGUGAUGAUCGAGUGGCAUAUGGGGCCAACUGGUCGGACCCCGUGGCCAUCAUCCACGUCAAGUAUCCGUGCGAGUGUGCGAUCGAGCUGCUAA